CAAGUGCCGCAGACACUCGACAGUCGACAGUCGCCGACACACCGUCACGGAACGAGCGCGCGUCUCGUCUGUAGCUCUCACACACGACACGGUCGUCAGUCGUAGUGCGUCGCUAUCGGAGACCCGACAACCAUCAAGUGUCGCAGCGCCAAUAAAAUAAUAAUAAUACAACUUAAAAUAUUUCAAUAAUAAAAUCAACGGUAUAAAUAUAGUAUUUUCGGUUUUUGUGCAAGUGUCGUCUCGAUCACGCGGAUCGGUGCGAAUUUUUUAUCGUCAUAUUUUUCUUUCAAUUUCUGUGGUUUUUUUUUUUAUGUGCUAGAAACGAACGCAGCAGUAUACGUCGUCGACGGUAGACGUCGAGGUCUCGAAGCUAAUGAUCAAUGAAGUUCGGUAAUGGUGUACAAGACGUCGUGGCUAGCGAGCAGUUUAGAUUAUGCUGACAAGACGCAACUGGCUACUACGACUGAGUGUCGUUUUGAAUGUAGCCGUAUUGUUCUAUUUCGGGUCCUACUUGACCAUCGGAAAUGGAAACUCAGAAAUCGUGGAGGAGGUGCAGAUGUCCGGAAGAAACUUGGCCUCCAUCGCCGAAGCCUCUCAAAAUGGGGAAAAAGAAACGGCGGCGUAUUACUACCAGAGCGCGUCCGGUGGAUCGGCCAAUUAUCCUGAGCUAGCGCUUUUGGCCAGCAUACAGCCAAUCGCUGGACAACCACAGCAACAACAACAGGGUUCAUCUGUCCAAACACCGGUCCAAGGGACGACGUUGCGGGACGACGGUCAUGUGAUGCGCAUCAAACCCAAGUCAGUGGUUGCUGCGGCCGAAUCGUUGGAUGCUGCCGACACUUCGUCUGCUUCAGGCGGCGGUGGAUCGGCCGCGGCCGCACCGGCGGAAUCGUGGACGCCCGAGAAAAAAGACGCGCCCACCCAACAACAGCAGCAGACGUCUACCACGACGACCACCACGUCGGCCACGACCACCGCCGGCACGUCCUUUGUGGCCGCCGUGGCCAUGGCGAUGGCGAACUCGGCCGCUGUUGUACAGCAGGUCAGGCCACUCCGCGAACUGCUCGGCUGUAAGGACAAGUCCAACCGCCGGCGGAUCGCCCAGCGCGGCGAUUAUUGGGUGCUGUACAACUAUGUGCCGGCCCGCCGUUGGUUCCGGUGUGACGAGUCUAUCACGUACACUACGCACGCCGACUUCACGUUCCUCGACAACCUGGAACCGCUGUUGGAGAGGUGGCGAGGCCCGAUAUCGGUGGCGCUGUACACGCCGGGAAACGACUUCGUGCCCACGCUGGCCUCGAUCCGGUACUUGCGGCAGUGCGGUUCGCCGCUAGUGGCCGAGUACGUCACGUUCCACAUGUACUUCGGGUCGGGGCACGUGCCCAAGUCGGUGCCACACACGGACCACGACAUCGAUGCGCCGGUGGCCAACUGCUCGGCACCGCCGCCGUGGACGAACGCGUCGGCCGCGUACAAGGUGCAGAAGAAGCUGCUGUACCCGGUGAACGUGGGCCGGAACGUGGCCCGCGAGUCGGCCACCACGCACUACGUGCUACCGUCCGACAUCGAGCUGUACCCCAGCCCGGGCGUCAUCGAGGGGUUCAUGGACCUGGUCCGGAGACAAGACCCUCCCCUCCGACGCCCAAAGCCAAUGGUGUUCCCGUUACCGAUAUUCGAGCUGGCGUCCCACAUGAAAUUGCCGGCCGACAAGAAAGAACUGGUGUCGAUGCUUAAAAACGGUUCGGCCAUCACUUUUCACAAAAAAGUGUGUCCUGACUGUCACACGGUGCCCAAGUUCAAGGAAUGGGCCAGUGCCAAGCCCAAACCUGGUGUCAGUGUGUUCCACACGGGAAAGCGGACCGGAUAUCAUCUGCACUGGGAGCCGAUAUUCAUCGGCACACACAACGAUCCGUUGUACGACGAGAGACUGAGCUGGGAGGGUAAAAUGGACAAAAUGACUCAGGGUUACACGCUGUGCGUGCUCGACUAUGAGUUCCACAUACUGGACAACGCUUUCCUGACGCACAAGCCGGGCAUCAAGACGCUGAAAAAGGACCCUGCCCGACAGGUGCUGGCGUCCAAGACGUACAGUCUCAUCAAGAAAGUCAUACUCCCCGAGCUCAAGGUCCUGUACGGCGUGAAAAAAGGAUGCGCCGUGUAGUGCGUAUACGUAUGACGCAUACGUAUUGUAUAUAAUAUUAUAUGAUAAUAUAUAUACACACACACACAUACACACACACACACAUCUAUUAUAUAUAGGGACGCACGGUCGCGCCGAGCACACUCGGCGCGUUAGGGACCACAGAUAGACUCAUCGACUGAUAGAUUAAAUGUAUACGCUUCCUUUAUUUUCCCUCUCCCCCUCCCCCUUCCGGAUAUCAUUCAAUACGUACAAUCACGUGGUGGCUGUGUAUGCGUGUGUGUAUGUGGGUUGGUGUACAGUACUUAUUGGGACGAGUGUUUCAUUUCCGACAGCGACAUACGAUAAGGAAUUAUACGCGUCACCGCGGUAUUAUCUCUCGCGUCACUUUUUUUUUUUAUUAUUAUUAUUAUAUUGUAUCGUAAAAUUAUCGUGUAAAAUAAGUUUAUUUAAAUUUUUUUAAUUAUCACACAGCCCAUACACAUAUAAAAUAGCUCGAUGUACAUAAUAGUACCUACUAACCUAUGUAUCGUAUGUGUUCUUGUCGAGAACCAAAAAAAUAUAAUUGUACUUUUUUUAAAAUUUUUUUUUUUUUGUUAACGCCUGUACAAAAUAGAUGCCAAUUUUUAGUUUUAUAGGUACGUGUACAUUUGAAGCCUUCAAUCAAACGGAAUUAUUAUACUUUUCUGAGCACACCACUCGACACGCUAAUGCUCCGCUACAUAAUAUUAUUUUUCACUUUCAUUCGUCUUCUAUAUUAUAUUAUGUUGAUUUUUCUAUCAUACAUCUUCUUAAACGCGCAAUAUAUUUCAUUUUAUUACUAUUGUACUUCUUUCAUUUUGGUGUUCGGGAUAUUUUCAAAGGGAUAAAAAGGAUCGCCUCCAAUUGCAAACGUUUAGACAAUUUUCCAUUGACAUUUUUAGUAUCGAACCGUUCACCCUUCGUCCUUCUCCCUCAGCGCAUACACUUAAAUCGUCAGAACCCUUUUAUUUAUUUAUUUUUUUUUUAGUCAAUUUUUGAGUAUCAAAACGUUUAUGCUAUUCGAUGCGAUCAUAAGUAUUGUUUUAAGUCCUUCUUGUAUACAAUUAUCAUUAUUAUUAUUAUUAUUAUUAUUAUUAUACUAUCAUUAAGUAGUUUGUGAUUUAAUAUUUAUGCCAUUAUAUAAAAUUAUAAUUUGCCAAUCAAUCGCUGAUCUAUUAUUAUAUGCAUACGUAUUGAUGAUGUCAAACAAAUACGUAGGCAUAUUAAGUUAACCUAAUUAGCGUAUAAGAAAAAUAUGUACGAUAAAUAGUUAUUUAAUAUACACACAAGAAUAAUAUAUACAGUCAUUAUAUUAUA